AUGUCCGAGCUCGUUCCAUUCAACCAUUUGCCUAUCGAAGGAGAAAAUGAUACUUUGCACCCGAUAAGUGGUUCAGGUGCUAGUCUAAGAGGCUUCAUUCAAAAGCUAUCUCCUGAGGCUCAGAGCGAUCGUUUAGUUGCAGUUGACUCUUCACUUUCUAUUGCCUUAGCUUUGCAACAAGCUGAAGAGACUCAUCAGUUUUCUGUACUUGAGUCUGUUCAAUCUGCCAACAUGCGUAUGGAGGAGUUGAAGAGAGAACAAGAACAAUUGGAGUUGUGA